AUGGGAGGGGGUCCAGGUGACAUGCUGCUUCACCUGGAAAGACUCUUUCAGGCUUUGGAUGCCAGUUUCCACCUACUGUAUGGAGAGAGACUGGGUUUAUUUGCAGAGGAAGUGGAUCCCAGCUCGGAGAGAUUUAUCCAAGCAGUUGAGGAGAUGUUACAGACGACUAUCCCAUUGCUGUACAUUCCUCUGGAGCUGGCCAAAUGGCUGAAUAUGAAACCCUGGCGAGAUCACGUAGCAGCGUGGGACUUUCUGUUUGAACACGCUGACCAGUGCUUUAGGCAACUUUUGCUGAAGCUGAAGAAUGUUCCGGAAGGAGAGAGGCAGUACUUGGGAAUUAUCCCUGAGCUGAUCCAUCAGUCCAAGCUUCCAAUUGACAUCAUCAAGGCCAACUCGGUGGAGAUGAUGGUUGGCAGUGUGGAAACCACACACGUCCAUGGGCACAGUGGGCAAUUUAGCAUCAUCAUAUCACGUAAAUUGAACAUCUUUAGAUUUUGGGAGGAAACCCAUAUUCUCAAAGUUUGUGAGAAGAUUCUGAUGAAUGUGCGAUUGAAGUUGCCGAUUCCAAGGUAUUCCGAUCCAGUAUCUUAUGUAACUGAUGUAAGAAAAGAGCGAGCAAGUGAGAAGCCACAAAAUCACAAAG